GAGAAAAGUUGCUGAUAAUUAAACCCUUUUUCUAGAGAUUGCUAUGGCCUGGAAUUGGGUGUGUUUCUGAGUGCUCCAUACACUGGGCGGGGCUUAGCUGGUCUUCCCGCCCAGCUUAUGCAAAGCCAUCUUACUUUUAAAGGAGCCGGCCGAGGCCUAGGCCCUAAGAGGAAACCCAGCAAAGGACUACGGGUCCACAGAAGCUUAGAGUGUCCCGACGCCACGGCCAGGGGCACCCUGCUCCCACUGCACAGCAGCCACCACCGACUCCCGGGCUGGGUACCGGGGCUCCAGGACUGCGCCGACGAAACCCGCCCGCCCGGCCCAAGAGGAGAGCGGCGCGGGAAGCCAGGCCCCGCCCCCGGUCCACCUCUUCCGCUCGGCCCUGAGGAGUCUGCGCGGCCGCGGGAUCCCUUCUGACGCGGCCACGUUGCCCGGUGAGCCAGCCCGUGGCGCCCGGUUCCCGACACCCCUCUGCUCGGCUCUCAGCCGGGCUCCCGGGCCCAGGCCUUCCCGCGCCGUCCGUGAGGUGCAGCUGUGCGGGGACCGGUCAGGCCGCCCGAGAGCUCCGCGCGCGCCUGGGAUCCCCGCACCCGAGGCCCCGCUCCGGAGCUGAGAAGCGGAGCGAGCGCGCCGGGCUCCGCCAGAGCUCGGCUCCGGGCUCAUGCCCUGCGGCCCAGCCGGCCGACGCCAUGGCCUCCGGGAGCGUGGCCGAGUGCCUGCAGCAGGAGACCACCUGCCCCGUGUGUCUUCAGUACUUUGUGGAGCCCAUGAUGCUCGACUGCGGCCACAACAUCUGUUGCGCGUGCCUGGCCCGCUGCUGGGGUGCCGCGGAGACUAACGUGUCGUGCCCGCAGUGCCGGGAGACCUUCCCGCAGCGCAACAUGCGGCCCAACCGGCACCUGGCCAACGUGACCCAGCUGGUGAAGCAGCUGCGCACCGAGCGGCCGUCGGGACCGGGCGGCGAGAUGGGCGUGUGCGAGAAGCACCGCGAGCCUCUGAAGCUGUACUGCGAGCAGGACCAGAUGCCCAUCUGCGUGGUGUGCGACCGCUCGCGCGAGCACCGCGGCCACAGCGUGCUGCCGCUGGAGGAGGCUGUGGAAGGCUUCAAGGAGCAAAUCCAGAAUCGGCUGGAGCACCUAAGAAGAGUGAAAGACUUGAAGAAGAGGCGGCGGGCACAGGGGGAGCAGGCACGAGCUGAGCUCUUGAGCCUGACCCAGAUGGAGAGGGAGAAAAUCGUUUGGGAGUUUGAGCAGCUCUAUCACUCUUUGAAAGAACAUGAGUAUCGACUGUUGGCUCGCCUCGAGGAGCUCGACUUGGCCAUCUAUAACAGCAUCAACGGUGCCAUCACUCAGUUCUCCUGUAACAUCUCCCACCUCAGUGGCCUGAUUGCCCAACUGGAGGAGAAGCAGCAGCAGCCCACAAGGGAGCUCUUGCAGGACAUUGGCGACACACUGAGCAGGGCUGAAAGAAUCAGGAUCCCUGAGCCCUGGAUCACACCUCCAGAUCUACAAGAGAAGAUCCAUAUUUUUGCCCAAAAAUGUCUGUUUUUGACAGAAAGUCUAAAACAGUUCACAGAAAAAAUGCAAUCAGAUAUGGAGAAGAUCCAAGAGUUGAGAGAGGCUCAGUUAUACUCAGUGGAUGUGACCCUGGACCCAGACACAGCCUACCCCAGCUUGAUUCUUUCUGAUAAUCUUCGGCAAGUACGGUACAGUUACCUCCAGCAGGAUCUUCCAGACAACCCUGAGCGGUUCAAUCUGUUUCCCUGUGUCUUGGGCUCUCCGUGUUUCAUCGCUGGGAGACAUUAUUGGGAGGUAGAGGUGGGAGAUAAAGCCAAGUGGACCAUAGGUGUCUGUGAAGACUCGGUGUGCAGAAAAGGUGGGGUGACCUCAGCCCCCCAGAAUGGAUUCUGGGCAGUGUCAUUGUGGUAUGGGAAAGAAUAUUGGGCUCUUACAUCCCCAAUGACUGCACUCCCCCUGCGGACCCCUCUCCAGAGGGUAGGGAUUUUCUUGGACUAUGAUGCUGGUGAGGUUUCCUUCUACAAUGUGACAGAGAGAUGCCAUACCUUUACUUUCUCUCAUGCUACCUUCUGUGGUCCGGUCCGGCCCUACUUCAGCCUCAGUUACUCGGGAGGGAAGAGUGCAGCUCCUUUGAUCAUCUGCCCUAUGAGUGGGAUCGAUGGGUUUUCUGGCCAUGUUGGGAAUCAUGGUCAUUCCAUGGAGACCUCUCCUUGAGGAAGUGAACUUAGACCACAAGUGCUGGUGCCUGUAAUCCUACCCCAGGCACAAGGGGUCUUGUCUUGAUUUGUGUCCAUCAAAGCUGGGUGUCCUUAACAUUUCCAUGCCCCUACAGUGAGAGACAAGAUGUCCAUCCAUGGUCUCUACUACACUUCCCCUUCCCUUGCAGAUUGUGAGAUGUAAUGAAAAAAAGUAUUGCUAUUUCCCAGAAAUAAAAAUGAGAUUCCUCCUC